GCACCAAAACAGAAUUAGAAAUAUAGAAGGCUCCGCUUUUUCCGUGCUUUACCAAAGACCAUAUCCUAACCGAUCAUUGAAACCAAGACCAAGAAGGAAACGCACGCCGUGGACUUCCAAGUUCCAACACAGCCCAUAUAAACCCUCCCUCCAUCUCCAUUACUUUCCCAAAUCCCACCCUCUCCUCUGUUCGCCGUGAAAAUCAUUAGGGUUUCUGAUUUUGUAUAGGCCGCCGUCAUGGAAGACACAGACUACAUGUACGAUGACAACUACGACGACGACGGCUUUAGCGAUUGUGACGACGACGAUGAUGAUCAGUCGAUUGAAGAGGAAUCAAAUGAUCGGCAAAACUACACUGUUCUGAAAGAAGAAGAGAUUGCCAAGCUUCAAGAGGAUGCUAUCACUGAAGUGUCUGCUGUACUAUCAAUAUCGCAAUCCGCUGCCUGCUUCACCCUCACUCAGUUCAACUGGAACGUGAUCAAUCUCAACGACGAGUGGUUCGCCGAUGAAGACAGGAUCCGGCAAAAGGUCGGUCUGUUGGAGAAGCCUGUGGCUCAAUUCAAUCCGAAAAACCAAAGAACUAUUUGCGGUAUAUGUUUUGAGGUGUAUGGCUAUGGAUCGAUGUAUUCGGCCGCCUGCGGUCAUCGUUAUUGUGGAGAGUGCUGGAGGGGUUACAUCAGCACAGCGAUCAAGGAUGGCCCCCCGUGUUUGAUGCUGAGGUGUCCCGAACCGCCGUGUAGGGCGGCGGUUGGUCCUGAUUUGAUCUCGGUCUUGGUGUCGAAACAGGAGUACGAGAGGUACAGGCACUACCUUUUGAGAUCGUACGUCGAACAGCAGACCAAGAUCAAGUGGUGUCCUGCUCCGGAUUGUAAGUACGCUGUUAGGUUUGAUAGUUAUGAGACCAGAAGCUAUGACGUUUCGUGUAUUUGUUUGCAUAGCUAUUGCUGGAAUUGUACGGAGGAGAGUCACCGUCCGGUGGACUGUGAGACGGUGAGGAAGUGGGUUAUGAAGAACAAGGACAGCUCGCAAAAUGCGCAGUGGAUAUUGGUUAACACCAAGCCUUGUCCAAAGUGCAAGAGACCGAUUCAGAAGAACCAAGGGUGUCACCAUAUGACUUGCUCAGCUCCUUGUAGGUAUGAGUUUUGCUGGUAUUGUCUUGCGAAAUUCGAAAGUUAUUCUACUAGAUGUUGUAACGCGUAUAGGGCGAAUACUGAUGAGCUGAAGGAGUUGGAUUUGGAGCCGGAUCAGAAGAAGCUGAAGGAGUAUUUAGAUAGGUAUCUUCAUUAUUAUGAGCGAUGGGCAAACAAUCAGUCUUCGAAGGAAAAGGCUGUCGAGUCUUUAGAGGAGGUGCGAACCAAGCACAUUAAGGAGCUUAUUAGGAAACAACAGUAUCUGUCUGAGCUUGAACUCAAUUUCAUCAUAGAUGCAUGGCAACAGAUAAUUGAAUGUAGGCAGGUGCUGCGGUGGAGCUAUGCGUAUGGCUACUACAUGCCUGAGGAUGAGCGUCUUAAGGCUGAUCUGUUUGAGCACUUGCAAGGUCAUGCAGAGUACAGCCUCGAGAGGCUUCACAAAUGCGCCGAGACUGAAUUGCAACCAUUUCUGGCUUCUGAGGAAGAAUUAAAGGAGAGCUUCCAUGCAUUUCGCUUAAAACUCGAAAAUAUGACGAGGGCCACUAAAGAUUAUUUCAGGAAGCUGGUUACAGCCUUGGAGAAUGGCCUUUCGGAGGUGGACGGCGUAUGACUACCCCUUGAAUAUGCUUUCUAGGUGAUCUGUGAUUGUACAAUUUCAUUGAUGGAUAGAACUGAAUAAAUUCCCCUUUAGCA